AUGGAUAAUUUCUUCAACUCCGUGUUCUCCGCCGCCGCCGCCGGCGAGCACGAGGAAGAGGAGGGCGAGGAGGAGGAGCGGGAGGUCGAGCAAGCAGCGGAGAGGGACGGGGGAGGCGAUUCUGGUGGCGGGUGGAGCUUCGGUGGGCUGAUGAAGACACUGGCCGAGGAGAUUGAGGGGCAGCGGGAAGAGCAGGAUGAGGGCGGGCAAGGCGGCAUGGCGGCAGCGGAUGAGGUGCAGGGGGAGGAAGGGGGUGGCUCCGGCGGCGGAUGGAGUUUCGCUGGGCUGAUCAAGACGCUCGCGGAGGACUUGCCUCCGCGGGACGAGCAGGAAGCCGCGGAGGAUGAGGACGACGAGCUAGAAGCCGAGGCUCCGGAGGAGGAGGCGGGGGAGGAGGGUGUUUCCGGCGGCGGGUGGAGCUUCGGAGGAUUGAUGAAGACGUUCUCGUCGCGGUCGGAGUCGGUGCUCGAGGGCUACCGCCGCGACCUCCAGGACCUCGGGUCUGGCCUCCGCGUCGAGACCACGGCCCUUCGCGCAGCCGCUGCGCGGGCUGCGGCGGCGCUCCCUGGCGCGCUCGAGGCCGGUGCGUCCGUCGCUUCCGACAGGCUCGAGUCCGUCGGACAGGCUGUCGAUGACCUUGGGGCCGCCGCUGCAGGACUUCUUUCCCAUGCCAACGAGGCGCUCCGAUCUGUCGACGCUGAUGGCGAAGAUGCUACCGGCGACGGCUCAUCCCAACUCUCUGAGUCCGCCUCCGGAGCCUCCUGGCGUUCGUCCCUUCCGUCCAAGAAGUACACCCGUUUCGAGGCACAGGUUCUGGCGCUGCGUGCCGAUCCUACCACGUUCACCGAGGAGCCUGAGGACGCCGAGGGGUUCAGCAGGUGGCAGGAGGCAUUCAGCGUUGAAGAGAGAAAAGAUGAGAUUGAAGGCGUGCUCAGGGAGAGUCCUGGGUUGGAGAGCUUCGUGGAGAGGCUUGUGCCUUCGGUGGUAGCCUAUGACAUGUUCUGGUGCAGGUAUUUCUUUGCGGUGGACAAGCUCAGGCAAGCAGAGGAUGUCCGCACCAAACUCGUAAGCAGGGCCAUGUUGAAGGAAGACGAGGAAGAACUCAGCUGGGAGGUCGAUGAUGACGAUGAUGAUAAUCAAGGUGAUUACAAACAAGGCACUGUCACAAUACCAGAUAAGAAAGAGGAGCAAAUCGGUGAGUCUGUUAGCCAUGAAGCACAGGUUGAGGGAAAACAAGAAGUAGAAGCGAAUGAAAAAAACGCAGCGGAAGAUAAGGAGAUGAUUUUGGUAGCACCAAAGGACAAUAAUGGUGAAUCCAGCGGUGAGGCAUCGACACCAAAGUCAAGCAAUGGCACUGGGCAGGAAGAGAAGACUGAAGCUGGCGACUCAUGUAAGGAGAGUGAUUUAUCACUGGUGUCUCGACCGUCACUGCAGGAGGAAGAUCUUAGCUGGGAGGAGAUUGAGGAUGUUGGUGAUCAAGAUGAGAAGAAAGCGGGGAGUCCACGGUCAAGCCCUAGUAGCAAAGUGGAGGAUAUCCGAAAACGGUUGAACUCUGUGCAAGACGAUGAAGACCUAAGUUGGGAUGUUGAUGAGUAA